CCAAGAGGUCAGCCCUAUACCCGAACCAGGGAGAACUUGCGCAUGUUAUCUCCGCGCAAUCCCAAGCUGCUGACAGAUUCAGCUGCGCAUCUCCGGAUGGAUACCCUGCAGCUGCUUAAAAACCUCUCCUCCGACUUCCCGUCCGUCCCUCUCUCCCUGACUCUAACUAGAGAACGGCGAAAAUCAACAGCAACCAACCAUGUUCCGCCGCGCAAUUUUCAUCGCCGCCAUCACCGCCUACUACCUCUCACCCACCUUCUUAACCGACACUCCAAAGGAACCCCCAAUCGCCGGCCGCGCAAACACAGUCCUCUACCUAACCGACAGCUCCAGCGGCCUCUCAAACAGCCACAUCGCCUCGGCCUUUGCACUGCUCGAAUCCCACCCACAGAUCCAAAUCUACUGGGCCUCCUUUAGCACACCACCGAUCGAGCCCCGACUGAAGCGCAUCUCCGCCGCGGCGCGGACGAAGAACCCAGACGCGAAACCAAUUAUCUUCCACGAGAUGCGCACAGCGAGCAUGAUUGAAAACCUGGACAAGGUAUACACGUCCCUUGACGACUUCAUCAUGCCGUGCGGACUAGCCGGGUACGAUAAGAUGCUGUCGAUAAUCGAGACGGUGGUGCUCCCCUGGAGUGCGGAGGAGUAUUAUGCGAUUUUCGCCGAGACGGUCGAGUUGAUUGAGAGUGUUGAUCCGUCCGUCGUUGUCGUGGAUAGCAUCCAGCGGCCGUUCGUCGACGCCGUCCGGAAUACGAAUCGGCGCUUCGCGAUCCUGAGUCCCAAUGCGUUGACGGAUAUCAUCGCCUACCGCCAGCCGUGGGCGGAGAUGUUCUGGAAGCUUCCUGCAAUGAUGUCCGGAACCCCCUACCCCAUCCCCCUCUCAUCAAUCCCCACAAACAUCUACAUGCAAGCCCGCUUCAUCUGGCGCCUCAUAACCUCGCCGCGCCUCCGCGCCGCCCGACGAACCCUCACAACCCUCGGCGUGCACGACCCCAUAAACAUGCAAAUGCACUUCGACGACGUCCCGCUCAUCUCUGGCGAUUUCCCCGAGGCCGGACUCCCGCUCUCGUACUACCCGCCUAAUGUUACCGUCUGCGGACCGAUUGUGCUUGAUACGGCGCCUGCGGAGGUGCAGGAUGGCGGGAUGGUGCGGUGGCUCGAAGGUAAUGGGGAGAGUAAAGGGGAGGGUGACAAGAGUAAGGGUAAGGACAAAAACAUUCUAAUCUGUCUCGGGAGUAACGUGGCGUACAACGAGCGGCGGGCGCGCGCGCUGGGCGGGGCGGUGUUGCGGGUUCUCCAGCAGCAAGCGGAUGUAAAGGUUUUGUGGAAGUUUGUGAAGGAGGGGGAGUAUGAUGAUGACGAUAUAUGGAGGGGGCCGCUCGAGGCGUAUAUUGCCAGUGGGAGGUUGCGCAUCGAGACGUGGUUGGAUGUGGACCCCGUUUCGCUUGUUAACACGGGGAUGAUCGAUGUCUGGGUUCAUCAUGGAGGUGCGAAUUGUUAUUACGAGGCUGCUAUGUCCGGCGUCCGCCAGGUGAUCCUCCCGCUGUGGUUCGACCUCUACAACUUCGCUCAGAUCGCCGAAUACGCUGGCGUGGGUAUCUGGCCGGGGAAGGAGACGGCGCCGGAGUGGGAUGUCGAGUCGCUGAGUGAGGGGUUUCUGACGGCACUGCAGGGUGAGAAGGCGGAUAGGAUGCAGGAGAAGGCGGAUGCGUUGAGGGAAGCUGCGGCGCGGUAUGAUGGAAGGGGGUGUGCGGCUGAUGUUAUUGCGCGGAUGGCGGGGGGUGGACGGGAAUUGAGUUGAGUUGAGUUGAUUUGGACUAUGAGGUUUGAUGGCCUGGUGAGGCGGGCGAAAGGUGGUUGGUAGAAUUUGUGUUGGUGUGACGGACAGCGAGGACCACCUGACUGUAAAUAGUUCGUAUAUCCUACGAAUUACUCUAGAACUGUAGUAGAAGAGAAAUUUCAUAUGGUGGACUCUGAGGAG